CACGAAUGUAGCUUUUGAUGCAUUAAUACAAAGUCUUAAAUAUUCUUUUACAUUAUACAAACAUCUUUUACUCAUUGAUUGUUCACCCAAAAAUCUGAAAUGCAUCCUCUGUUUCUCCCUUCUUCUUCCUCUGCUCUGUUUCUACUUCUUCUCCUCCUCCUAACUCUACAAACCCUAACAUCCAUCUCUCUCUCUCAGCCGGAACUUCUCCGUUCACCGGAAAAGUGCGGAAACUUCUCCAUCUCCUUCCCUUUCCAUCUCUCCUCCUCCUCCUCUACCUCCGUCGCUUUCCGACUCUCCUGCGCAAACUCAUCAACUCUGUUCCUCCACAUAAACAACCAAACCUACCGAAUCAUCGAGUUCUUCACCGACGGUCUCCUCGUAGACUUCCCUUCAUCUCCUUCUUGUCGCCAGUUCAACGACCUACGCUCUUUCCCAUUCUCCACAAACCAAUUCUUCUCCAUCUCUUUCGAAAACAUCAUCGGUCUCUACGACUGUGAAGACUCCUCUCUCUGUAAAGCCGGCUGUGAAACCAACGAUCUCUUUGGUUGCGACGGCAGAGAAGAAGACGAAACCAAUGGCGGAGAUAUCGGAUGCUGCUAUCCACUUUCCGAUCACAGCGCGUGGCGUGCCGGCGACGAUUUCUCUGUAUUUGGUAAAUACGGAUGCAGAGGAUUCUCUUCGUGGGUUGUGCCGAGAGGAACCAACAGAGGAAAACGAGGAGUUAAGUUAGAGUGGGCGAUUCCGAGAAACUCCUCGGAGGCUAUUUGUGAUCGUGAGGCUGAAACUGUUAACGCUACGUCCAUUCAAGGAAGUGUUCGUUGUGUAUGCCGAGAUGGCUUCGUCGGCGAUGGUUUCAUCCAUGGAACAUCUUGCUUAAAGUCUUGCUACAGAGACGGGAAGGAAGUGUAUGGAGACAAAUGCGAGAUCAAGAAACACAACGGGAAGAAACUCACCGUUUUAGCCGGUUACAACAAGACUCGUCUCUUCACAUACCGUGAGCUUGAAGAAGCCACAAAAGGGUUUCAAGAUUCGCAUAAACUCACACAAGGCAAAACCGGAACAAUCUACUCAGGGAAUCUAACAAACGGGACACGCGUGAUCGUCCACAAGGUUCUCUGCCAAAACCAGAUUGAGUUCUUGGAGGUUUCGUCUCAGAUUGAUCAUCUAUCCGCGGUUUUGCAUAGAAACCUCGCCAGAGUCAUAGGCUUCUGUAUGGAUAUUGGAUAUAGUCCACUCGUUGUGUACGAGUAUCCUGUAAACGGAUCGCUUGAAGAUCGAUUGCUUCUAGGGCUUGAUUGGUGCAAAAGAGUUAACAUUGUAGCUGAAGUCGCUGGUUUGCUCGCUUUACUUCAAUACGAGAACUAUCCACCGAUUCUACACAACAACAUUGCUUGUGGUUGCAUCUUCUUAGACGAAGACUUUCAAGCUAAAGUCACAGGCUUUGGAUUACAGAGGAAACAGAGGAUUGAUAGCACUAUGUACGAUUUCGCGGUUUUGCUUCUGGAGAUUGUGAGUGGAUCAAAACAGAGAGAAGAGACGGUGACUCAAGCGUUGCAGAGGAUCAGAAGCGGCAAGCUUGAAGAAAUCGUGGAUCCUUCUUUGUAUUUUCAUGAGCAGCCGGUGGCGUUUAGAGAGCAGAUUGCUUUAGUUGCUGAUAUCGCGACUAGGUGCGUUUUGUUUGGUGGUGAUGGGAAAUUUGGGAUGGUUGAUGCGGCUAGAGAGCUGUUGCAGAUCGCUGGGAAUAACGGUGGAAGCGGUUGCGAUAAGAAAGGAGAUGGAAUUGAGGAAACGUUUUCGAAUUCGAGUUUGCUUCAGAUGAUUUCUAUUCACGAUUAUAACAACGUGCAAGGCAAAGAGAAUGCAAGAAACACCUUAAACAAAAUCUCAACAAUCAUCUUGACAAAGAAAUUUGUGAUUGGUAAUGAUCAACAGAUGAGUGAAGAAACGUAUGAAGAAACUCAGGAAUCAAGUCAAUCUCCACGCCCAGUUCCAAAACUCAACGAGAGGAUUCUCUCUACUCUAUCAAGGAGAUCUGUAGCUGCACAUCCAUGGCACGACCUUGAGAUAGGUCCUGAAGCUCCAUUGGUCUUCAAUGUGGUUAUUGAGAUCACAAAGGGAAGCAAGGUGAAAUAUGAACUGGACAAAAAGACCGGUCUUAUCAAGGUUGACCGGAUCUUGUACUCAUCGGUCGUUUAUCCUCACAACUACGGAUUCAUCCCCCGGACAUUGUGUGAAGACAACGAUCCUCUUGAUGUUCUUGUCCUUAUGCAGGCAAACAAGAAGAACGAGAACAAGAAGGUCGCUGUGAACGAUUUCUUGCCAUCAGAGAGCGCACAUGAAGCAAUCCAGUACUCCAUGGAUCUAUACGCUGAGUAUAUUCUCCAUUCCUUGAGGAGAUGA